CCGCGGCGCCCGGCAGUCCGUAGGCGAAGUCCUAACGAGUAGCCGGCGAGCGAGCCGUUUCUCCAAAAAACUUCCCUUCAAUUACAUUGCGCUGAGAUUUCCGUGUCCAUCUUUCGAAUUUUCGGCUCCUCGACCCGCGUGCCUUCUUUACUCGUCGCGUUUUCGCCGUUCGUUUUAUGCUUCCCUCGUAAACUCGCCGUAGGCUGUUUCGUUCAAACUGUUUGAUCCUUGAUAAGUUUGGAUAAGUUUGAAGUAAGAGAUCGAACACGUUGAUCGAUAGUGAGAUUAACUUUCUAUUUUACGAAAUACGUACGAUCGAUUUAUGGGUCGAGGAAGGUAUUCACCAAGUGCGAACAGUGUUUGUAUCGACGAAUAUGGAAAAUUUUGAUGAUAUGUGACGAGAUUCUGUCGAUCGUGCGGCAAAAAGUAAAUGAGCCGAUUUUCGACCGACGAGUCGUAGGACGGAUGUACCUUGGUGGAAUGUAUCAGUGAGGAACGAUAGGUGUUGUGAUUUGGAAGAGUGUACAAAAUUCACGAUUCGUGAUUCUCGAGACUAGUGAUCGAAUCAAACUCCUCGAAAGGAUCUCGUAUGCGUGUGUCGUCAUCGCGUCAUCGUGUUGGCCUUAACGAGGCGCAGUUAGCGUCGGCAUCGUUAGGGAGCGUGGAACGCGAGUGGACUGGUGCUUCCAAAUCCUCGAAAUUAUCGCCGCGAUUCCUAGCACCCUUGGUGUAUAGUGAGAACAGUGGUUCGUGUCCACCUGCUCUCGAUAAUUCGUCCUCGCAUCUCGAAGAAGGGAGGCACGUGAACGAUCGUGGGUACACGAACGUGCUUCCUUAAAGUGAACCUUAGGCGCGGAUAUGCGCCGUUAAUGAAAGAAUCUGGCGUGAUUGCUCGCGGAGACGAUCGGAGCGUCCUUUGGUGGCUAGAAGCCGCGAGAAUAGCGAACCAAGCUAACGAAAAAGGGGCAAGGAGAAAGGAGGGAAGAAGAAAUCGAGCAGAGAAGGAUCAGAAGGAGACGAGAGCCACCGCGUCUCAACUUUCGAAACAGAGAUGAGUUGAGAAUCGACUACGAUGUUGAGUCGUCUUUCGGCCGUGGUGGCCUCCAUUUUGGUUCACCAGCUACACGUUUUGUGUGCUGCCACCUCAUUAGGUGCUAAGCCGUUUCCUGGACUGGAAAACCUGCCGAGGUCGUUCUGGCAUGAGCUCAGUUCGCCUUUUACCGAGGUAUACGAGGUGGAAAGUUUCGCAACAGAGACGAGCGGCACUCCGGAGCCGAGGCCCUUUUUCGAAGAUCCAGAGAGCAACAUUACCGUGCAACUCGGUGCUCAAGUAUAUAUGCACUGUAGAGUACAAAACCUGCAGGAUACGCUUAAGGUGUCGUGGGUUCGCAGACGAGGCGACGAGCUGCACUUGCUCACGAUCGGCUUGGACACGUACGCGAGCGACUCUAGAUUCUCGCUGGCCCUGGAGAAGCCGAAUGAUUGGCGGUUGCUUUUGCGUUCGGCUACCGAACGAGAUGGCGGCGUGUACGAGUGUCAAGUCAGUGCUCAUCCGCCAUUAAUCAGAACUGUCCAUCUCACCGUGUCAGUGCCGAAGGUCGAGAUCGUGGACGAGCACGGUGCCACUGCUGGUGACAAAUUCUACAAAGCGGGCAGCACGAUAGAAUUGAAGUGUGUGGUCAGCAAUAUACCGCAGCCUACCGGAUAUGUUACGUGGCGGCACGGAUCCCGCACGCUGAAUUACGACACUACCCGUGGAGGAAUCAGCGUGAAGACUGACAUGGGCGCUAGCGGCGCGAUAUCCAGGCUCUACAUUGCCAACGCGAAUAAAAAAGACAGCGGGAAUUACAGUUGCGCUUUGGCGGAUGUCGCGGCAGCUACCACGGUCUCCGUCCACGUAUUAAACGGGGAGAAUCCAGCAGCCAUGCAGCACGGUGGUUGCGCGAAUCUUCAGGCGACGUCGUUCGUUCUCAUCGUCAUCACGAUGCUAUUCCCGUCGCUUUUCAGGUGACCGUGAUGUCCUAAUCACUCUCUGGGCCUGCAGUUCGAAUGGUGCUAACUCCCUUCAUUCUCGCGGCGAAUGGAACGCGAGAAAAUUCCGAAGAAUCCGAAGUAAUUGUCUUUCCCGGCCCAUAUGUCGAGCUUUGCAAGGAACGGACGCACUUUCGCAUUCGAAAUCGAUUUUUACACCGAAAGCCGAUAAGCAGCAACCAGCCGAAUCAAUUCCGACUCGUGAUACGAAGAAAGAAGACAGUAAGAAAUCAGCAAAAACUUUCUCCACGGUAUACGCAGAUUACUAUAAGACAGAGAGAGAGAGGGAGAAAGAGAGAGAGAGAGAGAGAGAAACGUUUGUGCUGAAACCACUGUUUUACACGAGAUGUCGUCAAAGGAUCCGAUUGUUCGACAAAGGACUUUCCUCCCCCUUUCGUUUCGUUUCUUUUUCAAUACAUCGAACUGCAUAAAUGGAAACGCGAAAUUUCCCCGUGACAGACAACGAAGUUUUCCCCUUUAUCGUGAACAUUCGUCGAUCCUGUUUACCGAGCUCAAGGUUCGCCCAUCUCGUCUACCAUAUCGUACGUGAAUUUCCACGAAUAUUUUUGCGUAUGGCGGUUCGAGCGGUUCGCUUUGAACGCUGCACGAUACCAAGAGAGGAUUCUCCAUUGCCUUUUACUCGGUCGAUCUCUUGGUUCGCAUGUAAAAAUUGGGAACGUAUCCUUGUGGGUUCAUACUGCGCACGAACAUUAUCAAAACGAAAUAAAGAUAAAUCGAACGUGAAUUAUCGUGAUUUGAAAUUCGUUCAAGCAGAUUAACAUAUCAAUCUUUUUCUCAGAACGAAAAUCGCGGCUCUUCCCGUUCCUUCCGACGAAUAAUUCUAUUAAGAAAGAGAAGAAAAAAAAAGAAGAAAUAAAAGAAAGUGAUUUGACUUGUCACAGCUGAAACGCCGGGAAUCGAACAGAGUUUAUUUCUUUGAAACUGAAAAAGUUUUGGGAAUAAAUAGCGACCUAGAAUUGUUUAUCCGAAUGGAGCACGCGUGGUACACGAACCGUGCCAAAAACAGGCGAGUACGCGUAAUACUUUUUAUCGCUGUCAUUCUAGUUUCAUCGAAUGUAAUUGCAUGCCCCGCUCUUUUUAAUCCUCAACAUGGCAUCGUUGCAUUAGCAUAUUUACUUUUCAAGUGUUUUGUUUUGUUUGGUGUUUCUUAUUCGACACGGUGAUAGCUUUUAUCGCGUAAAAUAUACAACGUCAAAUGAAAAUAAAAUAUAUUCUAACGUAAGUUAUCGCGAUAGCUUAUGAUCCGCUGAUAACAAUUAAGGGGUCACAGGAAUCGAAGUGUUUUACAAAGAAUUUUAUAUUUAAAUACGCUUCGAUUUUAUCCAGAAGCUGAUGAAUUUUUUACUUUACCAACCAUCAAUUUAACUAUUAAACUAUCGAACUAUUAAAGUUUGAUUAAGUUCGACGAGUGAACCCGUGUUUGAAGACUUUGUUUGUGGUUCACGCGUUGAAGAGUUUCACAAAGAGAAUAUUUUCUUCGACUGUGUCGGAAACUUUGUCGCAUUUUUCCAGCUUGAUAAGGCUCGAAUAUACAUCCAGGGAAAUUUUCGUAAAACAGAGAAAUUAAACGAAGCAACACUGCCAGAAUAACUUUGAAAUUAAAUUAGAAACGCGUCUUGUCGAGAUACUUACCGAGUUGCGAGAAACAUCGUAUCUCGAUUAUUCGCAAAAAUCUGCAGUAGAUAAUUCCGAAUCUCAUCCGAACAUUUCAUACGGAUUUCAUCCAUUGAAACAUUCAAAAUCAAACGUGAUGCUUCUGAGAUGAUUUUCGUAUCUAAAGUACAUCGAUAUUCCCCGUACGCGUUCUACGUUCACGCGUGAAAAUAAAAGGAAUAGUGUCGGUCGAUUGAACAAUUUACGCAGCUCGCCUGCUCCAUUUUGCAGAGGUUUCGCGCGAGUGAAAUGCACAACGGCGGAUUUGGCAAAAAGAAACGCGAACAACAGACGCAAACAUUACGGCGAUGCGUCGCGCAAGUUGAAGCGUGAAAUAAUGGUUGGGCCGUGAACUCUUGAAAUUAUUACACGAUAUAAAAUACUCGUUUCUACGCGGCGCCAGAAGCGUUGUUCAACCGGCCAGACAAUGACCGUUCAUAAAAUUUCGAAUCACUCGCUUAGCCUCCUCUGUGUUUAUUGCGCGCGACUAUGCAAAUUUGCUUUCACUUCGCUACAAAUUUAACACUUUGAUUACCAGACCGUUGCCAGGACAAUCAUUUUUGCAUCGGUCACCGGGCCCCUCCACCGACUGGUUAAAUGCGCUUGUAUAAACGCCGGAUAUACGCGAUCGAUCUGUCCAAUUCACGUCCACCCACUCUAUGACGUACAACCGCGCGUAUUAAUCGCUUUUCUCGCACAUCGCCGAUACCUUUUAUUUUUUUUAUCGUUUUCUUUCCUACUUUUUUAGUUUCACGUACGCUUUUUCGAUGCAUCUGGCGGGGAAAGGAUCGACGCGAGUCGUCGAACCGUCGGCGAUUACGAAAACCGAUCACGAGAUUUUUACAUCGAUUAGCGGGGAAUCGCGAGGAACGAUCGAUUCCCAUUACUUUCGAUUCGUUUCCGACGCGACAAGUCGAUCUUAUCGUGUCUUUUAUUCUUUCUAACUCGGUCUUUUGUUUUUUAAAAUUAUUUUUCCACAAAUUGCGCAGCUCACACGAAACUGUACAUCGAAUCGGAGGAUGUUUUUUACCGUCUUUUUUUUUUUUUUUUUUGUUAAGCAAUACAACACGCUUCACGCUGGCUCAAAUAUUUUUCCACGCAAAGCUAAACCGAUAUACCCAUACAAACGCAAAGAGGAAGUUUUAAUUCUGCGCUCUGUUCUACACAUCGACUGUCCCUCUUUCGGAAACGAUCCAAUCGAGAACGAUAAAGUUCGAAUAACAAUGAGCCUCCUCUGUUGAAAAAUUACGAUUCCUUCAAUUACAUAGAGCAUCCCUUUGUGUGCAGAACCAGUGUGCGGGCUUUCAAUCAACUAAACAAAACGCCGACACCGGUGAAAAGCAAAUAAAGAGCACGUCACGUAUUAAAAAAUAGUAAUAUCGGCUUUUUGGUUUUCGAUUCGUAUCCUCUGUUUCCAUGUACUCUACCCUUCGCUAUCUAACAGCUCGGACAUUUCGGUCAAUUUAUAUUAAACGAUAUGUUAUUAGCAGAUUGUACAUCAAAAUUAUUUAUUUUCACAUUUAUCGUAUACCAAUAUUUUUUCGUUCAUCGACUCCGAUAUUUCACUGUACACGGGCUAUUGUGGUAAUCACGAAGAAUAAAAUUAUCAGAAAUCUUUCUAUUUAUAAUUUCAUAUAUCAAAAACGAACAUGCGAUACUUACGAAUGCUGGUGUACAAGAUACGCUAUGUUUCUUUCGCAAAAUGAUGCUAAUAUAUUUUAGAAAUGAAAAUGAGAAACAUAGGUAGCCUCGAAUCAAACGUUUUUAUUUUUACCUAUGUUUAUCGUAAUUUUCUAAUAAAACAUUGACGCGCCAUCCUUUUCUUAUUUUUACCAUUUCGCGUGCAGAGUCUUCCGUGAUUUUUCUACCGCGUUUUGUCUUCUUUCUCGAACGAUGAAAACCGCAUAUGCCAUAAGUAACACAACACGCGAAUUGAACGAAAAUCCAAUACGUUGUUACAUUGAUCGAAUCUUUCUAACCAAAGCCGUCUUUUUCUUAUUUUUAUCGUUUUGUGCGUAAAAGAAACACCGAAACACCGUGUUCCUUUUGGAAAACAAUUUCGAACGCACGGAGAUCCUGUCUACAUUUCCGCGCGUCUCUGUUGCCUCUGUUCGCCGAAUUCCUGUAAGCGAAAGUCGACCGCGUAAUUUCAUUUUGCGCCAUUGAAGUUCGACCUCCACUUGAAUCCGCGCGAUUUGAGACGCAUAACCAACGGGAUCGAUGGUAACGUGACCAGAGGUCGAUCACGAGAUCGAAAUCACCGAGAGAUUCAUCCCGAAGUGGUUAAACGGAUCGUGACAAUGACGUCGGGUCACUUCCGUGUAAAUCAGCGCUUACUGCUGCUGAAUAUUGCAACCUUCUGCCUGAAUAAUACAAUAAUUUAUCGAGAACAUCGUUACACGUGCAGGUGAAAAGUACGUGGCAGUCCGCACAAAAGUCACAUUCGUGUAACCGAUACCUGCGAUAAAUCGAAGUAUCAUCUGGACCGUGUCCCGCCUCUUUUUUACCUCCCACUUCUUCUUCUUUGCUCUUAAAAUCGUUUUACGCUCGAUCGUGUCUUUUUGUAUCGUUGAGAAAUUUUUAAGCAAUCCUUGCCAAUGUAUAUCAUUUUUUAAGUACGACGAGAUUUGUCGCGAAUCGUCGACUGAAGAGCAACCGGUCAGGUCAAACCGAUCGGUCGAUAUCGCGUACCUCGAAUGAAUCAACGCUCAAGGUGGAGGAGGUUUAAUAGAUCGAGUUUAGAGUAAUCUAGCACUGUGUUUGCACUUGUUGUAUGAAAGUAACGUUGAUGUUAUGAACACGGCGGUGGAUCUUGUAGGGAGUGAAGUGUUUCACCCGCACGGUACGAUGUCUGAUGAUGAACUGUCCUUCUACGUUGCUUUUUCUCCCUACCAGUCGUUGGGUUUCGUCUGUCCAUCGUACCCUUCCGGCUGGUCCUUUCCCGGAGUUCUUUACCUGACCUCGGAGUCAUUAGGUUUACAGCUCGGAGAGGACAUGUAAUUCGGAAUUUUCUAAAGAAGGGAAUGGGCCUGUUCGUGGCAUAAACGGACGAUCACUCAAAAUUCCGAUCAGGAUUAAACGUACGAACAUUAUUUGAGGUACCAAGUUGUGUUCAUAAUUUUUGUACAAUUUGUUGAAUUUGUAAUUGAAUGAUGGAAUACCUAAUAUCGUCAUAUGUUGCACGUUAUCCUCGUAAGUCAAUUCUAUCGUUAAUGUCAUGUAUCCUUUUUAUCAUUAAUCAGAUCAAGAUAUUUAUUGCUCGCUCAAUAGAUAAACAUUUUUGCGAAAAAAUCCAAUACUACUCUACCAAUCACCGGACGAGCUUCGAAAGAAAAAUCAUAUUGCAAUCUAAAAGGUCGAAGACGGGAUUCUCGAAAAACAAAUUACCGUUUUAUCGAUGAAAUUUCUUAUUCGCAUGCACAAAUAUUCUUUUACGCGCUUACGAAGCAGCGAUUCCAAUUCUUUAUAAAGGGAAAAUAAUGGUAAUCCGUUUGUCUGCUUGAACUUUUUCGCUCCCUGGUUCUUCCACUGCUCUGCCGUCGUGCUGCCCCUCAUUUAUCGUUUCGUAUCCAUAUGAUAUCUUGUUUACUUCUCCACUAUCCUCCAGGCUUUUUCUCGGCGACGGCCCAGUCUCCCACCGGAAUCGUCAUCCAUUUCUAUUUCUUGAAGAGCGUACCUCUGUCGCCCGUUGGAAUUCGUAAAAAGAAGCAUUUGCGAAUUAAUGGUAAACACUCGGUGGUUCGGUUUCCAUCGUGAGAAAACGUUUUCCCGGCAAACUCGACUAGGGAAACAGCUUCGAAAGGGAAUCGUCCGCAGCGUUUUCUCUCGAUUUUGUCCAUCUUAGACCAAUUAGAUCGUCGAAUCUUCGAGCUACUCGCAGUUAACCGAGAAGAAUUGGAGAGCUACUAUAAUAAAUAAUACGUUCGUUUUAAUGGAAUUAUUUUGAUCGUUCGUUCAACGUUGUAGAUUUUCUGUAUUUCGAAAAAAGAAUUCCGAAGAACUGGAUUCUUCGUCUCGUUGAAUCUUCUUUACUCGUCCUUUAUUCUUUCCUUGUUCUUCUCUUCAUUUAUAUAUUCAUAUUGUUACCGUUACCAUGUUUUGUACGUUUCGUGUGUUUAAAGGAAUUUCAUUCACUUAUGGAAUUUUUAGGAGAUGGAAUUGAUUGUUGAAAAAUGUAGAACUUGUAAGACCGUUGUUUUGAACUUCUACGAAGUAUCUGUAUCUCAUUUAUAAUGUAAAAUGUUUUACAUUUUCGAGCGGAGUUUUAUUCAUUGGAAUCUUCAUAAGAUGGAAUUCAAAAUUUAAAACGUGUAAGACGUUCCUUUUAGAUUUUUCUGAAAUUCUGUCUCACUGUUACGAUAGAAUGCAAUAGUUUGUUACGUAUUGUAAAAUCUCAAAUAUAUUUCGAAGUAAUCGAACCUUUCUACUUAGUGGUAAAACGUCGAGAAAAGGAAAAUGUGAAAUUAUUUAAUAGCUUUUAUAUUGGAAAACUAAACACAUACGAUUCUUUGCAAUUUUUUUUUUUAAAUAUAAUGCCACUAUAAUUGGGUCUAAAUUGGAACUGAAAGCGUUCCACGGAAGCCAAGGCUUGCUUUAAAGGGGCAUAAAGCUUUCAUUGUGCGCACUGUCGUUUCUACGGUCUCUACAAUUCAUCAAAGUCGAACGGAUCUAUUUUAAAUUGAAAAUGAGAAGCAUAUCGGGAAUUACGUUUUCAUUUAACCGCGUAUAUUUUCUCAUUAUUGUUUCAGUAAAUGAUUUAACUUCUUAUUAUUCUGAAUUAAACUUCGCCUCACCGUAUAAUUUGUCACGCGUUACUCUUUAUGCCAUUUUUAUACCGAUCAAUUUUUAAAACAUGUCAUACAAGUUCAACAAAUAUAUUACUUUUCUAGUUCUAUUAGAAGCUGUCGAGCAAUAAUUAUGUCGCUAUGUACUAUUUCAUGUUCGCUGGAACAUUUAGUAUAAUAUUUGUUUGGUAUGAUAUUCGUUGAUCGUUAGAACGAUGGAUACCGUGGAAAUUUUUCGCAUCGUUUCACUCGACAACUGCUAAACUCUAUAACGAAACUACGUAUAGAAGGAAUUUCGGUAAUAGAAAUGAACGCCAGUCAUGUAAUAGAAUUUGUUUGAUGGAAUUUUCAUUGGUUUGGGCAUAAUUUCCUGUCUUCUUAUUGAAAGAUGACAAACACAUAGAAUCGAAGAAAUAUUUCUGUAAAAGUUACGACUCACAUUAUAACCGAGCGGAAAUCUUUAAAAACGAACAAUAUAGGCGUUGUUAAAUAACAUUAUCGAAUGAAAACAUAACGCAGAUGAAUACCGUUCGCCUUUUUUUUUUUAAAAAACAGAUGAUUUCCGAUUAAUUAAAAAGAUGAUUUUCGUUUUAAUUAAAAAUUUGUUAAAAUUCGUAUUUCAUAUGUUUAUGCGUGAAAUUCGGCUCUCUCGCAGCUUUAUAUAUUAAUUAAGUAAAAUUUCAACAGCGAAACCUACUUAAUCGAAUUUUGAUUUUAACUGGAAUUUUGUUCAUUUAUUAUCUUCCGCGGCGUAUGCCGUAUUUUCUUUUAUAUGUUUAUUCGAUAGAUGGGUGAAAAACGGGGAUUGUUUAACGUAUUGGACGCGGAAGACGAUUUCCUAUUUCCUUGCGGAUGAUCCCUGGAUAAAUAGACACGUGUUAUAGAAAAAUAGAUUUCCGACAGCAAGGACCUCCUUCGAUUUUAUGUACCGCAUUCAAUAUGCGAAAAACAUUAAUUAGACGAUUCGUGGAUCGUCGAAGGUGUAUACAUUUAAAACUAAAUAUUUCUGUUCCACCAAACAAUUCAUCGUUAAAAAUUUAACGUUGAAAAAUUGCGAGUUGUCUGAAUUAUUACUUCGAUACGAAACAAAGUGAGAUUUGUUAAUAAGUAAAUCGCGAUUUUCUUUUAUGCGAAACAAGCAUUUUUUAUAUCGUGUGAUAUUGAAAAUUAGUUCUUUGUUAGAGACAGAUUAAAUCUGCACCGAUUUUCAUAAAAAUUUCACGAACUUGACAAAUACGCUCGUACGACCAAGAGUUUCGUAGCGAUCGAAAUAUCGCAAGAUACGAACGAACAAUCGAUCGAGCAUUAAAUUGAUUCCACUCGGCGACGUAUAAUGUAACACGAUCAUCACGUAACGUACGAUAAAUACGAUCGAUUUUCCAAGUACAUUAUCGAUGGAAGAAUCGAAUGUUUCAUCGGCUCUCAAGCAAGCUCACAGAGUAGAAAUUAAAAAUAAAACACCUGAAAAUCACAAGAAUUUACAGAAUGGAAUCUUUCGACGAUAAUGUCGUUAAUUAGGAAAUUAGUGAAAUUUUCAAUUACCUUGCUUUUUCCCUCCAACAGGAAAUGUUACAUUAUCAAUUGUUAAAAUUUGUUCUUUACGAUAUUCGGUUUGCCAUUGUUGAUACGCGAAAAUAUCGCUUGAAACUGGAUGAAAAGUUCAAUUCUUGCAUCGAAUCAUACGUUACAAAUUUGUACGAAGGGAGGAUGAAUAAAUCCUGCUUUCAAAAUCAUGGAAACAUCCCUAAUGGAUCUUUAAUCUUCGUUCGAUCGAAUGAGUAUUAACGAUGAAAUUUUCACGGCCGCGUCCUGCGCGAUAUGCAAAUAACGGCAACGCCACUCGCGAGUGAGUAAGAACAUUUUCGUGUGCAUGCGUGUGUACGGUCUUUGUAUGUGUGCGUCCCCGCGUAUGUAUCUUCGAGUACGAGUACACGAGCUAUUCGGAACGCAUUUGAUAAGAAACGAAAAAGGAGAAAAAAAAAUACAGAUCGUAAGUAAGAUAAUGUAACGUAAGAGAAAAAAGCAAAGUAUUACGAAGUUAGAGAAAGUAAGUCACACGGGACUUAUCCCGAUCGGAGAUUGAAAAAUCAUGCGCAGAAGGGGAAAAGUCGCUGUUAUACCAUUAGUAUUAGCGCAGUGAAGCUUGAUAUUUAAUAAGUCGAUAGAUGCUUGUGAAUUUUUAUAAUUUAGAAUUUUUACCGAAUAUUAGUCCUAUAUACUUUAGCUACUAACGAGUACUUGUAAAUUGAACUUAAAUUUGCGAACAGAUCGAUGCAACCCAAUAAGACGAUAUUUAAUCGAUACGGAGAUCUUAGUGCCAUCGAUUAUAUGUAAUUAUAAUCGAUUGUAAAAGAUUAAUCUGCUUGCAUUUGUAUCGUACAAAUUUUUAUUCUAGUCCCAUUUGAAGCUAUUUGUUAACCAUCGAAGCUUCGAGCCAUUUGUCGCAUUAAUAAUUUAAUAAUUGCAAUAAUUGAAGAUAAAUAAGGUAUAAAGCAAACCAGUGAUACUCAAUUGAUGCAAUUUUUGUACGUGUGUUUCGUACAUACGCGGUAUAAAGUAUAAAACAAAAACUAUGGAAUCUAUUCUUUUCGUGUGUAAAAUAAAACGACGAUUUUUCCCAAUAUAAUUACACAAAGUGUCUAUUUCGAUCUUCGAUCCGGAUUCCGUUUGUCAGAGUACAUGUGUGUAAAAAUCGAAGAAGAUUCGUGUAAAGUCUUCGGCUCGAUAUACUUGCUCAUCGCUAAUCACGUCUCAUCAUCCAUAGUAAUAUAUCCACGAUACGGUAACGAUAAAGUAAAUAAGAAGACAUGUCUAUAAGCAUCUGUAAGCUAUUGGUACUAUUAAUGGUCGUUAACGCGGUUAGGGUGGCGCAGACACGUUGUAGGGAAAUUCCAUUUUCGCGGGACGGAAGAAAGGACGAAAGCGGAAAAGGAAACGAUAGAAAAUUAAUUUAACGUCGAUAUUCGCUGUUCACUAUUUGUAAGAUUCGACAAGGUAAAUACAAUAAAAUUCAUAGUACCUAA